AUGGCGCCUUCUCUCCUCCGUCUCGGUGCAUGGCUCGCUGCCGCUGCCGGCACAGUCACCGCCGCUCCUCUCGAACGCCGUGCCGUCAUUGCUCACGAUGCCGUCGUUGGCUUCCCCGAGACCGUUCCUUCAGGCACCGUCGGUAGCUUGUAUCUCAAGUACAAGCCUUACUUGAAGGUCGUCAAUGGCUGCGUGCCCUUCCCUGCCGUGAACGCUGCUGGUGACACUGGCGGCGGCCUUGCCACCUCCGGCUCCUCAAACGGGGGAUGCUCCUCCAGCACCGGCCAGGUCUACGCCCGUGGCGCCUCCUACAACGGCGCCUACGCCAUCAUGUACUCCUACUACAUGCCCAAGGACUCACCCUCCUCCGGCCUGGGCCACCGCCACGACUGGGAGAACGCCGUCGUCUGGCUGUCCGCCGCCUCCACCUCGGCCACCGUCCUCGGCGUCGCCGUCUCCGCGCACGGCGAGUACGACACCAAGACCUCGGGCAUCGACUACACCGGCACCAGCCCCCGUAUCGGCUACCAGAGCGUCUGGCCCGUCAACCACCAGAUGAUCUUCACCAGCGACGUCGGCGGCCAGCAGCCCCUCAUCGCGUGGGAGUCUCUCACUGAUGCCGCGCGCACCGCGCUCACCAACACCGACUUUGGCAGCGCCAACGUGCCCAUGAAGGAUGCCAACUUCAACACCAACCUCGGCAAGGCUGUCUUGUAA